AUGCCACAGAUGGCUGAGCCGGCCAACUUACCCCCGACACCAUUUAACUCGACCGAGUCCGUCUUCAACAAUUCAACCCUCCGCCAGACCAUCCGACUGACGCAGCCUGCGAAGGAGAUCCGCCUGCGAUUGUCGAAUGCGUUUGGAUUGACAGACCUGGAUAUCACUGGGGUCACGGUCAGCCUCACGGCAGAUCAAAAGCUUGGGUCCGGGGCUAUUCAGCGUGGGACAACCAAGAAAGUCCUCUUCGAUGGUAGCCGCGGCACGACCAUCCCCAACGGCGCACUCGCCGUCUCCGAUCCUAUUUCUGUACCCAAAGGAGGAACGACUUUGGCAGUCGAUAUCUACCUCCAAAAUGGACAGCAAGGCGGGGCGAUCACCUCCCACCCUGGUAGCCGGACGACCUCAUGGAUGAGCUUUGGAGACUGGACAGGCGUCACUAAUAUGACUGACCCCACAGUGGCAAGCGUCGCACAUUGGUAUUUCAUCAGCAGCGUGGAAGCCCUGCUACCGCGCACAGCGCGCAGCUGCGUCCUCGUCGGAGACAGCAUAACCGACGGCCGUGGGAGCGACACCGACGCCAACAACCGAUGGCCCGACCGACUCCAAAAACGCCUACGCCAGGACCCAUCCACCGCCCAGCUCUCCCUCCUCAACCAAGCCGCCGGCGGAAACCGCAUCCUAGCCGACGGGCUCGGCCCCAACGUCCUCAGCCGACUCGACCGCGACGUCCUCGGCCAUUCCGGCGUCCAAUGCGCCGUCCUCUUCGAAGGCGUCAACGACAUCGGCGUCGCCCCCACAGAUCCCGCAACGCAGGAAGCCCUCGGCACCCACCUGAUCACCGCAUACAGACAGAUCACGACGCGGCUCCACGCGGCCGGCAUCCCCGUCAUCGGGGCGACGAUCACACCAUUUUCUGCGCCGGCGGAGGACGCGGAUACCCAGCCUUAUUCGGAUCCUGAGAGGGAGCUCACGCGACAGCGUGUGAAUGCGUGGAUCCGUGACAGUGGGGCGUUUGAUGCUGUGGUGGACUUUGAUGAGAUGGUGCGGGAUCCGAAGGCGCCGGAGAGGUUGUUGGGGAAGUUCGACUCGGGUGAUUAUUUGCAUUUGAAUGGGGUGGGGUAUCAGGCUAUGGCGGAUGGGUUUCCGAUUGGGGUUUUUGAGAAGGUGAUUCGUUGA